GUUGCGUCGGUUAAAAUUGCGGCCAAUGCAGAAGAUACACUCAAAAACGUUCCCCCGAGUGGCGUGAGCUAUGUUCUUUUUUUACUGACGACGUGGCGGAGAAAGUUCUCGCUAUCACGAACCAAUACCGUAAGCCCUAUAGGGACCAGAUAUGGCGGUUACAUCGGGAUUAUUCAAGGUCUGACGAUCUCAGCGGCAAGACUUUGUUGGACGAACCGACCGGCAUCUAAAACUCAGCCACCAAGGUAAACAUGUGCUGCAUGCUUGUCACACUGUGGCAGCCAGGUCCAGGUACACAGUGUACCCCAUAUACAUGUAACAAAAUACCCCAUCGUUCUAUAUCUUUGCAUCGCGGAAAUAUCUUUCCACAUCGAUGGGACAAGGCCCCAUCUAUCUAAAGUCAGUAUUAUAGGUCGUAGGAACCGACUCGGGUAAGGAUUCUCGGCAUUGCCAAAGCUUGGGUUGCGAGACUGUCGAGCUGUGGUGUACGGAGUAUCCUUAGAGGUGUUGUCAGUUGGUAGUGAUCAUACCCGAUCCUCAAUAAUAUUCUAUAUACCUGAGCUUCAUCUACCUGUAGUAACUUUGAACUUUGCCCUGCUUAUCAUUCUCAAGAAUCUUCUUUGAAUGCACUGCGAGUUUAUCCAGUCUUCUCCGUGUAUUUCUCCACUAGGUAGCUUAGGGAUUGAAAACUGUCUCAGCAAUGUCUGUCACCACCAUGCAGCAAAACAACAGUGAGAUUCCCAAAACUAACGGGACGCACUCACAAGAGCCAAUGCUGGAAGUGCUCGCAUCUCAGGUGCAAGAAAAUGCGAGAAUCGUGAGCGAGUUUCUUCGAACUUCUGGCCAUACCGCACCAUCAUUUGCUAGUGAUGCUCCUGCUACAUCGCUCCCGCCUUCUGCACCUCCAGAGAUCGGUGCGGCGCGACAGGCUUUGAUGGGAGCUGCCCUUCAAAUAUUCCACCUGGCUGCCGGCCCCAGCGAGUAUCUGCCACAUCUAGCUGUUGGAUAUCAGCACAUUGCCUGCCUCCGAUGGCUCACCCAUUUCAGCAUUUUCAAGCUGGUCCCACGCGAUUCAUCCAUUUCGUAUCCUGCUCUUGCAACCGCGGCUGGAGUUUCGGUCAAACAGCUUAAGACAGUAGCUCGCAUGGCCAUGACCAACCACUUGUUCUGCGAGCCAGAGCCCAACAUGGUCGCUCACACGGCGACUUCGAUGCUUAUCGCAUCCGACUCCAGUUUUUAUGACUGGGCGUCUUUCAUGUGCGAGGCUUCGGUCCCCAUGGCAGCAAAAUUGGUAGAAGCCACCGAGAAGUGGACGGACAGUGAAGAGAAAACCCAGACGGCGUACAAUGUUGCGUUCGACACCGAUCUGCCGUUCUUCGACCAUCUCAAGACCCAGCCUGACAAGACACGGCAGUUCGCCAGCUACAUGAAGAAUGUGCAGAAGAGCGGCGGCACUGGAAUGCACUAUCUGAUUGAAGGGUUUGACUGGGCCAGCCUGGGCAAGGGGACAGUUGUAGAUGUUGGUGGUUCCAGCGGAGCAGCGAGUAUUUCACUUGCCUCCGCAUUCCCAGACCUCAACUUCAUCGUGCAGGAUCUGCCUGAAAAUGCAGCAGAUGGACAAGCAUUCCUGGCCUCACCGGAGCAACAGGAGAAGUUGGGCAAGGGGGUUACUUCGCGCAUCUUCUUCGAGGGUCAUGAUUUCUUCCAACCUCAGCCAUUCCAGGGCGCAGAUGUAUAUUUGUUGCGUAUGAUUCUGCACGACUGGCCGAAGAAAGAAGCCGUCAAGAUCCUCCAGAACAUCCUCCCCGCUCUGAAGGAUUCAUCUCGCAUCAUCAUAAUGGACACUGUUCUGCCGCAGCCAGGAUCUAUUCCAUCUGCCCAGGAGCGUCUUCUGCGAGCCAGGGAUAUGACUAUGUUGGAGGCAUUCAACAGCCUGGAAAGAGACUUGGAAGAUUGGAAGGAAUUGCUACAUUCUGUGGACGAGCGGUUGACUUUGAAGAAUGUUGUUCAGCCUAUUGGAAGCGUCAUGUCUGUUCUUGAGAUUACCCUUGGUGGACGUACCUAG